CCGCAAAAUGUUUGUGUAGUCUGAAAUUGGUAUCUGGUCAAGAUCGACUGCCAGUAGGUAAAGACCAGAUAUGGAGCCCACCGAAUCGGAGUCGCGACAUCGCCUAAAUGGAGGGGGCAGGAGUUCCGCGCCAGCAGGCUCCGGAGAAUACAUCAAGGUGGUGGAAUACCAAUGCGAGACCGAUGGAUUCGUUAAUGAACAGUGGACGGAACCGGCGAUGCCAGGUCCAGUGCCCUGGAAGACCAUCAUUAUCAUUCUACUGCUGUUUAUCGGUGGCAUUGCUUGCAUCGCCUUCGCCACCUUAAACUGGGUGACGGACACGAGCCGGGAGCGAUCGGAUCGGGUGUGGGCGUUGGGUAUCAUCGGGGCAUUGACCUUCAUUCCGGGAAGCUACUAUGUGUACGUGCUCUUCUGCAUAAUGCUCAAUCGCAACGGAUUCACCAUGGACGAGAUACGAAGACUCGGCUGAGGAGGAGAGACCAAAGAGACCAAAUGUUUCGUCAAAUAGAGUUUAUUGCUUUUACACUACAGUAUUCACA